AUCCCUUGCGAGUGAGGCUGUGCCCUGGGGAGUCUGGCCACCAUGCCAGCUCCUCUCUUGCUCUUCUCCCUCCUCUUCCUUGCCCCUGUGGGAAUCAGGCCUCAGGAAGCACGGCUGGUGAAGGUUACAGAGGGAGAUAAUGCUCUGUUGCAGUGCCUCAAAGACCCCCCAGAUGAUGGCUCCAAGCAGCUGAACUGGUCUCGGAUGUCCCAGGAAGAAUCCUUCUUGGCAUUGAACCAAGGAUCACCAGGCUUGGGCAUCGAGAAGGGGCCCCAGAUCUCCUGGCUGUUCUUCCUCAAUAUCUCUAGGCAGAUGGGGGGCUUCCACCUGUGCGAGCUGGGGCAUCCUUCAGAGCAGUCUGGCUGGGCAGUCAGCGUGGAGGGCAGCGGGGAGCUGUUCUUGUGGGACGCUUUAGACCCACAUGAUCUAGACUGUGGCUUGGGAAACAGGUCCUCAGAGGGUCCCGGGGCCAUAAACCCCAAGCUGUAUGUGUGGGGCCAAGACCACGCUGAAGACUGGGGCCCUGCAUGUACUCCAAAAAGGGACAGGAGAAACCAAACCCUCAAACAUGAGCUCACCGUGGUCCCUGGCUCCACACUCUGGCUGCCCUGUAAGAUGCCCCCUGACUCUGGCGCCAGAUACCCCAUCUUCUGGACUCAUGUGCGCCCUGAGAAGCCUAACAACACAUUGCUGCACCUAGAACUGUGGGAGAAUCACCCAGACACACAGAAGUGGGUCCUGAGCGUCCUCAAGGGAGGGGCUACUCUGUUAUUGCCCCAGGUUACUGCUCAAAGUGCAGGCAUCUAUCAAUGUCACCUUGGCAACAGGACCAUCAAGAUGCAGCUGGAGGUCACUGCCCAGUCAGUAUGGCAUUGGCUGCUGGAGACUGGUAGCUGGAAAGUCCCUGCUGUGACUUUAAUUUAUCUGAUCUUCUGCCUGGCUUCCCUGCUGUGCUUUCUUCAACUUCGAAGAACCCUGAUUCGGAGGAGGAAAAGAAAGCGCAUGACUGACCCCGCCAGAAGGUUCUUCAAGGUGACGCCUCCCCCGGGAAGCGGGGCCCAGAACCAGUACGGGAACGUGCUGUCCCUUCCCGGGCCCAGCGCCGGCACCGGACGCACCCAGCGCUGGGCUGCGGCCCUGGGGGCAGCCAUGCAGUCCAACGGACACCAGCUCAGCGACGUCCAGGAGGCCGGAGCCGCAGCCUCCCGCAGCCCCCUGGGAGCGGGCCCAGAAGAAGAGGAAGGAGAGGCUUAUGAGGAGCCGGACAGUGAGGAGGGCUCCCAGUUCUACGAGAACGACUCCAACCUUGAACAGGACCAACUCUCCCAGGAUGGCAGCGGCUACGAGAACCCUGAGGAUGGGACCUUGGAUCCUGAGGAUGAUGAUUCCUUCUCCAACGCAGCUGAGUCUUAUGAGAAUGAGGAUGAAGCGCCCACUCAGCCAGUCACCAGGAAAAUAGACUUCCUGAGCCCCUACCGGCAAGGCUGGGACCCCAGCCAGGAGGCAACCUCCCUUGGGUCCCAGUCCUAUGAAGACAUGAGAGGGAUCCUGUAUGCAGCCCCACAGCUUCGCUCCCUUCGGGCCCAGCCUGGUGCCAAUCAUGAGGAAGAUGCAGACUCUUAUGAGAACAUGGAUAACCCAGAUGGGCCAGAACCAGUCUGGGGAGGAGGGAGCAGCAUGGGCACCUGGAGCACAAGGUGAUUCCUUCAGAGCCUGGUCCUCCUCAGACCCCUGAGAUCCACACCUAACUCUGAAAUCUUGGGACCCCAAGUAGACCAUGUCAAUCUCUGAGCAGCAUGACUCAGGAUGCGCAUAUCUCUGCAUGUGUGUGUACGUGUAUGUGUGUGUGCACACUCGUGUGUGUAUAUAAAUGGACCUGUGUGUAUAUAAAUACCCCCUUGGCACUACCCAAAUAAACUCAAUGAGCUCUUCUAAUCCUGUGACAUAGCGGCCUGUGUGUGAGGGGAAGGCAAGAUGAGGAGGGAGAGCUGCAUCCAGGGCACAAAAGACUUUCCCUCCUGGGCCUUGACCUGACC